UCUACCUGAUAAAGCAGAAAAGUCUUGUUCUUCAACAUUUGUAAAGCAAGAGGAAGGAAAUGUGCCCGAAAGGAAUUGGGAGGAGUCCCCGAAAAGAAAAGGAUUUUUAAAGUUAUGCAAAUGAGGAGUUUCUCUUCCCUGGCUUUAGUGACUGCUUGGGGCAGUAGAAACACUGGGGCAGAGCAAAAUACCAAGGCGUACAUUGGAUAUAGAACCUGAUCUUUUGUUAGCUGUUUUUUUCCCGAUGAAUUUCUAAUAGUUUAUACGUAGGGUGAAGAACUUUUAACCAUCUCCAAAGUGCUGCCAUUCAAACAAGAACGAAUUGAUUCUGUCGCUUCAGAGUUUGUCCUUGGAUGACGUGACCUGCCAUAUUGAGGGUUUGUUUAAAACUAUAGAUUCACACUGCAUUUAUUAAUCACCCAUGCUCCCCUCUAUAUUUCAGGGUUACCACCAGCAACACAAAAUGUAAAGAUCUGUCCAGUUUCGCUACAGCUCCGCAGGUUUACAAGUGUCGGGCGCUUGCUUUCGGAACGCCCUUCUGAUUGGCUGAGCCAAUGCCAGUGACAUCAACCAACUUACUUUUGAUUGGAAGACUGGUUGCUGGGACUGUAGCGUUUGCAGGAAGUCACUUAACUAUUUGAGGGCUGGAAACCCGAAGCUGAAGUUCUGUGUCGUCCCUAGGGACGGGUGUAACCGCCUGGGGGAAGAUACGUCCCUAAGCCACGCCAGCCGGCACGUGGGCAGGGAGGCGUGGGCGCGCGCGCGGACCGGGCGGCAUCCACGGGGAUGCGCUGCCCGGCUCGGAGCAGUUUCCCUUUUAAAUGUCAGCGUUCGGGACUGGAGGGGCAGCACGCGGCGGCGAAACGGAACAGUCGGAUUGGCCGCGCGCCGUAGUUCUAGACGCACCUCUCCACCGAAGGGCCCUUCUGACUGGCAGGGGGAGAAAGUAAACAGAGUUGAAUCACCCUCCCCACUGGCCAAUUGGAGGGGGCCUGGAUUGUGACGUGAUGGGAUUCUGCGAAAUUGUUACUGAGCUGGAGAAUGCCGGAGCGGCGCGGCGCGGCAGGACCAGGGGCUCGGUGGCCGUCGGCGGACGCGGGAAGAAGUGUCUUCUAAGCGCAGCGUCCCUCUCGGCCCCCGCCCCCCGCUUCCGCGUACUCGGUUGAUGCCCGGGGGCGUGAGCUGGGCGGAGAGGCGGCCGAGGGCGUGCGCCUGCCUGGCAGUUGUCUUUCCCCGCGACUCGGACGCGUUUGCAGUCUAAUAAACUUGCGACCGCCACGUGUGGCAUCUCUCCAAGGAGGCGUCUCAGGAGGAGGGCGCGCCCGUCGGGGGAUCGCGCGGAGCGCCGGGCAGGGCGGCGGCGACAGCGGCGGAGCCGUCCGCGGCUGCUGCGUGCGGAGGCGCAGCCGGUUACGUAAAGAUGAGGGGCUGAGGUCGCCUCGGCGCUCCCGCGAGUCGCGAGCUCCCGCGCCCCCGCCCCCUCGGUCUCGCCGCACCGGGCUCGUCGUCCGCGGCCAAGGUAGGGCUAGCCGAAGCUCCGCAGACACCGACAAGUUUGGCCGCACCGCCCGGGGUGCCGUCGCCCGCACCAUGUCCGCGGCCGCCUACAUGGACUUCGUAGCUGCCCAGUGUCUGGUUUCCAUCUCCAACCGCACCGCGGUGCCGGAGCAUGGGGGCGCUCCGGACACCGAGCGACUGCAACUACCUGAGCGCGAGGUGACCAAGGAGCACGGUGACCCGGGGGACACCUGGAAGGAUUAUUGCACACUGGUCACCAUCGCCAAGAGCUUGUUGGACCUGAACAAGUACCGACCCAUCCAGACCCCCUCGGUGUGCAGCGACAGUCUGGAGAGUCCCGAUGAGGAUAUAGGAUCCGACAGCGACGUGACCACCGAAUCUGGGUCGAGUCCUUCCCACAGCCCGGAGGAGAGACAGGAUUCUGGCAACACGCCCAGCCCGCUCUCCCUCCUCCACUCUGGAGUGGCUGCGAAGGGGAAACACGCCUCCGAAAAGAGGCACAAGUGCCCCUACAGUGGCUGUGGGAAAGUCUAUGGAAAAUCCUCCCAUCUUAAAGCCCAUUACAGAGUGCAUACAGGUGAACGGCCCUUUCCCUGCACGUGGCCAGACUGCCUUAAAAAAUUCUCGCGCUCGGAUGAGCUGACCCGCCACUACCGGACCCACACUGGCGAGAAGCAGUUCCGCUGUCCGCUGUGUGAGAAGAGGUUCAUGAGGAGUGACCACCUCACCAAGCAUGCCCGGCGUCACACCGAGUUCCACCCCAGCAUGAUCAAACGAUCAAAAAAGGCACUUGCCAGCCCCUUGUGAGGUGCUUCCCCAUGGCAGCCAGGCAGAGAUGGUCUCCAGAAAGACAAAGCUCCCAGGAAACAGACGGACAGAUGGAAGCCCGCCCCAGCCGAGGCGUGCUGGCCACAGGAGGUCACUGCUCUUUGAUCACUAUUCUGAUACUCUCCCUGAACUGUUUCCAAAAA